AUGUCAGCUUUUUCCCGCCUGAGCCCUGUGCCCAGCCGUGUGGCCGCCUGCCGCCGCCGUGGGAGGACGGACUUCUCUGGGCUGGGCCCAGAGAAGGCUCCGCGGGACAGGUGCUAUGUGGUGGGAACGGCGACGUCGGGACACCGGGAUGCAGGCUUUGGGGCAGAGAGCUGCCGGAACAGGGGCUGGGUCCCGGUUUAUUUACGGACUGUCAUUUCUGCUGGAGCCCACGACGCUGCCUGGGCCAUGGACUCGAAGGUCAGCAAGGGCGCCAGCCCCCAGGAUGAGCGCACCACAAGCCUGCUGGUGUUCAGCUUCCUCCAGAGCUGCCCACACUCCCGUUGCCACCAAGAGCUGGAGAUGCUGGGCCACAAGCUGCCCAUGCGUGCGGCCCACGACGAUGAGCUGCAGACGGAUGGCAACUGGUGCAGCCACUUCCGUGAUGAGGGGGCGGCAGAGACAGACUCUGAGACUCAGGAGGAAGUGGUCCGGGACAUCGCCAGGCAGCUCGCCCAGAUUGGGGACGGGAUGGAGUGCAGCAUCUGCCCGGGGCUGGUGGCUGGCCUGGCCGCGCAGUUCAGUAACACGAGCCUGUCGGAGGAGGACAGGAGGCGGUGCCUGGCGGCCGCGCUGGAACAACUCACGCAGCUCUACCCUGCGGACGUGGACCGCGAGAAGACAUUGCUCCUGCUGACCAUGCUCGUGGCCAAAAAGGUGGCUGACCACUCGCCAGCUGUGCUCCAAGAUGUCUUUCACACCACAGUGACCUUCAUCAACCAGAACCUUCUCGCCUACGUGAGGAACUUAGCCCAAAACGUAAGAGCCAGUUGUGGCAGCUCCUGGGCUCUUAGCCCCCCUUGGUGUCCGCCUCUCCCCACCCCGGCCCCCCUCUGA